UACAAUGUACGGACGUGUUAUUAGUGUAUUGAGUCGCAUUCCAAAGGGCGCCGAGAUAACAACGGGGACGUGUCCCACAUCUACACCUCGUCACUUCAAAGACUACAACCAUAUUCAUACAUUGAUGGAGCGGUAAGUACAUAUACGGAACUAGCGUUUGAGUACGUAUAAAAUGGCGGACGGUGGUCCCCAUGCAGACCCUCAUUCUGAAGACAGCACACUACGAAACCUCUCGGACGCCAACAUUCUCGAAUGUCCGAUCUGUCUUGAGCAGUUACGACAGCCGAAGUCUCUGCCGUGUCGUCAUUCUCUUUGUGAGGAAUGUUUGAGUAGCUACAUCGUCAGUGAGGUGUUAGGGACGAGUGAUACGGCGACUUCCUUUAUCUGUCCGGUAUGUAGGACCCUAACUCACCCCGUGGACAAAUCAGAGGACAAAGAGAAAUGGGCCCAGCAGUUUCCGACCGACAACGUUGCCAUAGAGAUGAUACAACUGAGAAACAGGACGACAGAGCCACGUUACUGCGCGCCCUGUCAGAGAAAGGGAAGCAUGACCUCUGCACAAUUCUAGUGUAAAACUACUCAGUCAUUGUUCUGUGAGUCUUGUAAAGUGGAUUUCCAUGAUGUGGUCCAUGUGAGCUGUGAUAUCGUAGAUAUGAGAGGUUCCGGGAAUUUCCUACUGAAACAGGAUACAUCUGACAAACGAUGCGACAAACACAAGAAGAAGAUUUCUUAUUAUUGCGAGGAUCACAAGUCCCUGGGUUGCAGUAAAUGUAUAACUGUUGGUCACAGGAAAUGUGACAACGUGUCCACCACAGAGGAUUACUGUGAGAAACUGAAUAAUAGCUCCCGGCUGGAAGAAAGAAGGAAAUUUCUACAGCAAGGAGCAGACGCCAUGGAAUCCAUGAUAAAAGACUUUUAUCUACAACAACAGAACAUAGCAGACGACAAAGAUGCGAUAUUGAAAAACAUCGACGAUCUGCAGGAACGUAUGGAUAAACGUAUCAGAGAGAUGAAGAAGGAAAUCACAGAUGACGUAAUCACGGCGUACAAACAGGAAAGAGAAAAUCUGAAGGUGUCCACACAGAAGUGUGAACGACUGAAGGUCGCUAUAAAGAAUACAUUAGAAUCGUCCUCUACAGCUCUACAGAGGAACGGCCAUAUGGACACGAUCCAGCUUUACCAGAAAGGUCAGACGGAGCUCGAGGCUUGUAAUGAUCUAGUGAAAGAAAUGCAGAUGUCGAUUUCAUCUGUCAGUAUUGAACAUGAAAUCGAUUCGGACGUGACAAGUCUGAACUUUGGUAAAGUCGUUGUUCGAAAGCAGCGAAGAGAUUUCCCAGGUGUCCCAACUCUCGUCAAACCCUCAUCCAAAUGUGAAGUAAAGGAAAUAAGAAAGGUGAACAUAGAAUGUCCGUCUGAUCAAUUAUAUUGUUUUGCCCGUGGUGUUGUAUACUUUCCUGAUGGCAGAAUUGUGGUGGGAGAUGGAAACAAUAAUAAGAUCAAGUUAAUCAACGACGCGGGGGAUGUUGUGGACGAGUUGAAAAUGGAUGGAAAUCCGUGGGAUCUGUGUAUGGUGAAUAACACCACUGUGGCGGCCGCUAUGGAGAGCCCUGGAGGUAUACGUGUAGUGACUGUCACACCCUCCAAACUUACAUUGUCGUCUGUAAUAAACAAAAACAAACAAUGUUACGGUAUAACGUACAGAGAUGAUGAGUUUAUCGUGAGUACAGGAUCCGAAGUCUGCAGUGUUAGGAACGACGGGACGACCAAGACGUUAUAUCGAUAUACUGGCAGAGUAUUGGCGUUGUCACAUGAUCCCAAGGACGGACAGCUCUUUGUCUCACAUCACACCGUUACUACUGGCAGUACGGCGAUUGGUAGGUUGUCUACUGACAACAAGUACACGGACGUGUUGAAGGUUGGUGUAGUUCAGUAUGCGUGUGGAGUGGACGUCGACGUGGAAGGUAACGUCUAUGUAUGUGGUUUUAUCUCCAACAACGUGGUACAGAUGUCCGGGGACGGGACUAACGUCCGGGAACUGUUAACGGCAGCGGACGGUAUCACAACACCGAGAGCAAUAUCUGUUUGUGGUGAUAAACUGGUGGUGACAAACCAGUCAGGUCAGAGCAUCCAAGUGUUUCAACUUGUAUGACUUGCAGAGCCAAUCGUACACAAGAUCGACAUUUGACAUAAUAGUGUAUUUUUGAUAUAUAUAUAUAUCAUUAACAGAACUGUUCUUGUUUAUUUAACAAAGUACAUAUUAUCAACAUAUAAAUCGGUAAUUUGCUGCUUUUUGUUAUAGUUUUUUCUUUUCUUUUAUUAUUACCCAUUAUAAUAAUUGCAUUACAUGAAAUAAAUAUUUUAAGUUAUAUCCUUAUAAAACGGUAAAAUAUGUAGAUAACUAUGUGUAGAUCACUGAUAUUUGUGCUGUUGCUUGUUUAAUUAUAUAGCAUGUUCAAUCGCACGAAACAUAUUUUUAUUUAAGUUACAUGUACUGCAUGUCAGUUGGCUGUUAUGACAAUAACAUAGCUGUACAAAUGUAUAGGCAGUAUUGAUUUUACCACGCUUUUGUCCUGUUUGAUAAAACUUUUGAUGAUUCUGUACCUAAUGUUUUGGUUCAUUCCAAAAAAACACACAAAAAAACACUGUACGUCGCAAAAGUGACACUGGAUAUCAGCUAUGUAUUGUUUUCGGCUACGAAUCGGGAGAGAAACAGGUCGUGACUGAUUUAAAUGUUAACAUUUCCCCAACAGUUUGGCAAUUAUUAAGGUUGAGGUUUUUCUCCUAUAAAUAUUAUGUGUUUUAUAUUUUUCGACCGGAACAAACAAUGCAUAUGCAUAGCCGUUAUAAAAGGCAUUACACAUUACCUGGUCGUUUUAUGAAUAUGUUAUGAGUUCUGUUGUACGAUUCAGGACUCGUAUACUCGUACUGUAUUAUAUUUAUAUGCUUUAUCAAUGUCGUCUAAUAACAAACACCGGUCGCUAGUUUACAUGUUAUCGACGGUAGAGCGCAGUUGUGCAUUGUAUAUGCAGGUCUUACCUGUAAUCGAGUAAUGUAUGCAGUGAGGCAUUGUAUAGUGCGUUAAUUCACUGACAGUUAGGUGCCACGGGCGGUUUCAUAAUACACAGACCCAAUACAUUCCUGGCUAGUAGACACGUAUAACAAUAGACAAUGAUACGUAAUUAGUCCUACCUGGAGCAAUUUGAAAUACAAACAUGACAAAAACUAGCGUAGGAACAUUUUGUAUUUGAAUUUAUUUGUUUUCAUCUGUUCAGUAUAACAGGGUGCUCACAAAAUUAAGCCGGGCGGUGAGCCCGUCUGUAAUGACCUACGGCGAACAAUGGCUUUUACGCUUAUGCCAUUUUCUGUGUUUAUUACCGUGAAUAAUUUAAUAAUGUUAAUUGUUCAAGUCGUUUAAGCACAGGUGUGUUUUUUUUUGUUUUUUUUUUGUUGUUUUUUUUUAAAUUUAAAUGACAUUUAUUUUAAUUAUACAAUUAAGUACCUAGAAAUAACCUAUUCAUGGUAUUUCACAUCUUAAACAAUGCAUAGCAUGUGUACUAAAUAAACCUCGAGUUAUCCGGAUACAUUAUACCCGGUAUUACGUCCUUGUUGUUAGUGGACCGGUCAAAAUCAUUGGAACAUAUUCCUACGACACUACAGGUUUUUCUUUUAAAUAUUUGUCCACAUGAUAUAUUUACUGUUGUUUUAAACUUAUUUGAAAUGUUAACUUUGUCAUUAAUAUUUUCAUUGCAUUGAAACAUGUUUAUUAUUAAAGAAAAAGGGUGGAACUACUUUGCACUGUGCCGAUCGACAAUACUAGUCUGGUUUUGACCUAUAUAGAGCUCGAGUCAGCUCACAUGUUUUGUUUUUUUUUGGGUUUUUUUACAAUUUAUGAAUGUUAUGUGAUCAAUAGAAUAAUAUAUUCUUGUCCAUUUCAUAUUGAAUUUCAAAAUCGAUUUUCGUCUCAUUCGAUUGAGCGUUCGAGUGAGAUAAAAUUGUUAGUGUCGGAGGUAAAAACUAAGGUCGGUAGGGGUACCUGAAACAAAUCUUUACCGUUUUGUGGCCUAUAUAGAAUUCGUACAACGACCAUAUCAGUGAUGAACAGUUCUACAUAUUGACUGUCCGCCUGUCGUUAUCAUAUAAACAUUUAGUAGUCAUACUUUAUCAUUUAUCUACUAAACACCCGAUCACAGGCAUUUAUAUCAUAAAAUAAACAAAUCUAAACAGAACCUAAAAGAUAAUAGUUCUAAUGUAGCGUGUACAUCUGUAAGAGUAGGCGGAUCAAAAUACAUACAAUCGCGGAUUCGAGCUCGGAACCUUAUGCGCUAUGUAGGCCUACAUCCAAACUCGCGAUUUGCGUUACACUGUUAUAUAUAUAUCUGAUGAUGGUUUGCUGUUCAGAUAAACCUUCGUCCGUGGUCCGUUGUCCGCCUGUCAAUACAUGUGUCACUUCGUCCGUCGUCUGGAUGUCUGUCCUUAAAUAAUUCUUGUUAGCGCUAUUUCUCAGACCGUAUUUUAUGGAUCCUUCUAAAAUAUCACCUUAAGGUUCCCCGUUGCUCUUAGUAACGCCGUUCGCAUUUCUGGCGGCCAUCUAGAAUUAUGAGAGUUAAAGAUUGUUAGCGCUAUUGCUCGGAACGUACAAGAAGGCUCUUUCUCGAAUUUCACUUGAAGGUUCCCCAUGGUCUGUCCCGAUUUUGGCAUAUCGAAUAUUGGGACAAAUCGGAAAACCAAGAUAGCUGGCAAAUGGCCAUCUAAAACUAUGAAAGUAGAAUUUUGUAAGCACUGUUUCUCAGAAAGUAAUAUUUUUUUUCAAAUUUUAUUUGAAGGUUCCCCAUUGUCUCUAGUUAUGCAAAUUGAUUGGAAAUUAAGGACUUCCACUGGACAGCCAUCUUGAAUUUCGACAGUUCAAUUUUGUUAUCACUAUUACUAAAGAAGUGCUUGACAGAUCUUUAUCAAAUUUCAUAUGUUGAUUCCCAUACAGUACGAUGAUGGGCGCCAACAUCCCUAUGAGAUCUGUUGUUAUACAUUUUUAGGAAAAGUAUCUCUCAUGAAUUACAUUGUUAACAGAUGUAAUAUCUAACGUAACAUAUUUCUGCUAUCGGGUUCUUUUAAAUCAGAUUACGUGGACACGUUUUGAUAUUUAUUGCGAAAAGUAUUGUUAGUUGAUUUGAUUUACGAGACAUUUUAUUAAAUAUAUAGCGAUACGUGCCUUAAUGUACUGCUCAUUUUCGUUUAUAUGUGUCGGUGCCGGUGUGUUCAGUCGCCGCUGUUUCUACUGUUAUCAGCUGCCAGUUCGAUUAGAUAGACCAGUGUGAUUAGCGGGACGUUAGAUGAGCCUGAUUCACAGGUGAUUGUAUGUACCACGGCCCUACGCUUACCUCACAGGGGAGACGUUUACCUCACAGGGCAGACGUUUACCUCACAGGGGAGACGUUUACCUCAAAGGGCAGACGUUUACCUCACAGGGGAGACGUUUACCUCACAGGAAAGACGUUUACCUCACAGG